AUGGAAUUUAAUUAGGAUGCCCUUAACUUUCUAUUCAAACAAUUAUGUUCUCUCUCCAUACUCUCAUCAAAAACUACUACCGAACUUAACGAUAUCUAUCACCACCUCGCCAUUCAAGAAGCUUCAUUAAAGAAUCGAUUUUUUCAUCACUAACCCAUCAGUGAAUCAGAUUAGAAGUAUCUACGCUCACCAAUUUUACUAUAGAUUAAUCAAUCGCUUUGUAGUCAGAAUCUCAGAAGCCUACCAAUUCAUGUUAGCCAAAAGGUAAAUCGCCAGAUCCUAACAUUCUAAAUUUCUAUUAUUCAUUAAUCAUUGUCAAACCAAAAAAUUUGACAGCAAAUAACUACUUAUGACUUCUUUAAUUUAAGCAGUCUAUUCAGAAUGCCGACUAUAAAUAGAUUUAAUAUUAAACAAGCAGCAGAAUGCUUAAAACUAAAGAGUAAUACUCUAUCAAAUUUAAGAUACACAGUCAAGAAAGCAACCAUUAAGGAGAAUAAUUCCAGAAUCAAUUUUAUUCAUUAGAAGUUACAAAUAAAAAAUAUAUCCAAAAUGAAUGGUAAAUUAACAUCAAAGAUAAUAAGAAAUUGAACCAUUUUUAUACUAAAAUCUUUCCAAAAUAGUAUGAAGUCCUAGAAUCAGCAGACAAGUAUUCAUUACAAUAUCUCUAUAGAAUUUAGGAGGAAUAGAUACUAUAUUUUUAAAGCAGACAAUAAAACAUGGACAGAAUCUUCAAGCAACUUCUUUCAUAAAACUACCAUAUUUAAAAAUCUCUCAAUUGGUCUCAAGAUAUUGAUUUACUCAGUUACAAUCGACAGAUAGAAACUAAAUUAAAAAAAUUAAAGCUUAUCCAAUUAACUACAAACUAAUAAUUAUUGAAUUAAUCAUCUUCUGUAAGGGUUUCAUAGCUAUCAAAUAAAUCUAUCAAUUAGAAUAGUCCUGCUAGUCCUUUCAAAAGUAUUAAUAAUUAAUCAAAGAUGCCUUAGAUCAUUCUAAAAUAGAGAAGCAUAUCAUAAAAUAUUCCAUAGAGUGAAUUUAGAUUUAAGAAUUCUAUAAUUUUAUCAAAUAAUUAAAGGGAAGGACUUUAACAAGGGGCGAAUUAAAAUUAAAAAUAAAUUUACAAUGGGUAGGAUAAGGAGAUAUUGUUUGCUAAACUCAUUGAAAAGUAUAAGUAAAAUUAUUAGUAACUUAAUAACAUAAGAGUUGAAUUAGGACCAAAAAAAUAGAUAUGCUCAGUUCUUAAAAGUAAGCAAUUGAUUGAUCUAAUCCCAACACAUAGCUCUAAAUUAAAACCAAGAGUGCCUACAAACCUUAUUUAAUAAAUACAUUCUAUUGCUAAUUGA